CACAUUUCACUUCUAAAGCAAAUUUCUUGCACAUCUGUACACAGAGCUGCUACGUUACUUGGGCUAAGGCCCUAUAAAGUAAGAAUAGUGCAAGAACUUAAACCUGGUGAUCCCAUGCAUAGGGUUAGGUUUUGCGAAUGGGUUUUCAGACAUGUGCAUGACGGUGAACUGGAUCUUCAUCUAAUUGUGUUUUCAGACGAGGUCUUGUUCCAUUUACAUGGGUAUCUUAAUUCCCAAAACUGUUGACAGACCUAUUGUGCUUCUCGAGAAACCCCUUCACGACCAGAAUAUAGUGGUGACACAGUAACAGUCCUAAUGAAACAGGUAACAGUGAAAGAUAAGUGCAAAACAUUUGUUUUUGAGACACACGCAGUAUAAUACGAAGUGUGCUGUUUUACGGAUGAAUAAAGCAAUCAGUCAUGUUCAAGGUUUCAUCGAUACCGGGCACGGAAAUGGCCUUACUUUGUUUUCCUUUAUGAUCGUACUUUAUAUUGUUCUGUAUUUCAUAUGGAAUGUAAACCAAACAGAUGUUCAGAGUCUUGGGUGGAAAAUCAAAAUUUUAUCCGUAAUGUAUUUGAGAUGAUGUUGCACUUGAAAAGAAAGUAUGACACAUCUUUCACUGAGGAGCUUUGUGAUGAAAACUGGUGUUUUGCUGUUGUGGCGUGGAAGUUUAAAUGCUGAAAAAAAUAUACACACACACAUACACGUUUUGUCGCACUGAUUAUUGUUUUAUUUUGCAUCUUAUAAGUCUUCACGUGCGGAUCGUUUCUGACUGACCCUUAAGUGUUUUAUGUUUUGGAUAUAUUACUCUGAGGAAAUGUUCCCUACAAACAUUGUUGACAUUUGGCGGUCACUGUCAUUAGAUCAUUUAAAACAUUUAUCAUGCCAUUUAGACGGAGUAAAGCGUAAAUUGGUUGCCAUAAGAUCAUCCCAAAUCCUAAGGCCCAUUAUGUUGCCCGUGAGUUAAUUUUCUGUCGUGAGGCCUCUACAUGCCCAAGUAUCUGAAACGUUACCAGGCAGCAGCAGUGAACUCUUUUUCAAGUGGACUUUUGUGUCAGGAAUCUAAAAACAACCAUGAAAAGUGCACGAGGUCUUUCAAGAUUGUAUAAAGUGUAUCAUGAUUUACUCACAAAACAUCCUGUCAAAGUUCAGUCAGUACAGACAGCAAUACUCUGUGGCACUGGAGACAUAAUUGCGCAGACUGCUAUUGAAAAGAAGAAGUUCAGCGAAUUUGAUGCAAAAAGAUUUGCUUCAUUUUUUGCAUUUGGAGGAAUCUUUGUUGGUCCCACAUUACGAAUGUGGUUUGGACUUCUUGACACAAAAGUGAAAGGAAGUCAUUAUGCUGUUGUGGCUCAAAAAGUUUUAUUGGACCAGUGUAUAAUGGCACCUUUCCUUUUAUUGCUGACCCUUUCUGUCCUUAACAUAUGUGCAGGGAAAAGCUUAGCUGAAAUUAAAGAAAAGUUGGGAGCUGAUUAUGGGAAUAUUUUGGUAACAAACUAUAAAGUAUGGCCUGCUGUCCAAUUGAUAAACUUUGGCUUCGUUCCUGUGAACUUCCAGGUACCUGUCACACAAGUUGUGGGUGUUGGUUGGAACACUUACCUUUCCUGGAAGGCUCAUCGACCACCAGAAAAGCCUGCUGUAGAGUGAGGUACAUUCUGAGCAGAGGUUGCAUUUAAGUCAGCAUGUUGGAGGGAUUAAUCAGCAGGCAGAUUUGAAGAAUAAAUUGAACUUGAAACAAAUAUUUGUAACUAAACCAAAUGCAAAAAACAAAAACGAGUUUCAUCUUGACCUGUGUCGAGCCAUUGUUGCAGUAAACAUACCAUUCAAUGCAGUUGAAAAUAGCCAGUUAAAAGAUUUUGUAUAGAAACACUGUCAGCCCAGCAGUCCAUCAGAAUCCACAUUGAGAACUAUUUAGAUACUUUAUACAAAAAUACAUUGAGCAGGAUAAGGGAAGGUAUAGACGAUUCAUAUGCAUGGAUUUCUGUCGACGAGACAACAGACAGACAAGAUCAAAAUGUGUCUAAUUUGAUUAGAUCCUGACACUCAUUCUGUACCUCAUCUCAGCUGGAGCAAGGAGCUAAAAAAAGACUAAAACCAGGAAACAAUUGCUCACUUUGUUAAUAAAGUCCUCAAAUUGCUUUUCCCCAACAGUCUAUAUGAAAAUAAAGUACCUGUAAUCUACACGAAGAAGCCACAUACAUGACAGCUGCUGUUACUCUGUUGAAAGUAUUUUACUCAACCUCACUCCAUAACACAUGUCUUGCCCAUGCCAUGAAUCUUGUAGCUGAGACAAUAUGUCUCUAAUUUCCACAUGUAAAUAAGCUAGAUUCAACCAUCAAAAAGGUUUUUAUUAAAGCACCUGCAAGAAUCCAGUUAAUUCAAGAGGAACUUCCCAAUGUACCACUUCCACCAGAAACCAUACUUACUAGCUGGGGAAUAUGGCCAGAGGCUGUGUAUUAUUGCAGCGGGCAUUUGGAAGACAUUAAGAACAUUGUUCUUAAAUUGUGGGAGGAGGCAGUGAGCAUUAUGUCAGCUAAGGAUCUUCUAAAGGAACCAACAGUUUCCAAUGACAUUGCAUACAAAAGUCUCAUUAUGCAUUUUUGGUCCCUAUUAUUAAAGCUCGGACUGUUCAGGGAAACCAGUCUUCACACAACUGUGAUUGAUAGAAGAGGUGAAAGAAAAAAUCAACUUGAUCCCAGGUUCUAUUGGUAUAAAAGUUAGUGAGAAACUGCUCCAGUCGCAUCUGUUGCCAUGGAAUGCUCAUUCUCAGCAUAUAAGAUGCUAUUAACAGACAAGAGAUGCAGUUUCUCAACGGAAAAUCUGGAGAAAAUGUUAGUUUUUUUUACUGUGACUGUAAUUAUUAACAUGGAAAAUAACAUAAUAUGGAUUUUUGUAAAUCUGUUAUCAUUCUACACAAUAAAAUGUCAGAUUUUGGUUACCUAUUUUCUGAUUUUA